UCCUGCACUGGCGCCGCAUGCCUCCUCCCAGCUCUCACCUCGUCGUGCUCCCAAGAACGAAUUGCGCGAUGCAGAGCCGGCUAUUUAUUGGCCGCCGCCGUAUCUCGUGGAUAGUUGGGGUAGCCACCAAGCAGCAAGCACAUUCAGUCAGUCAUCGGUCAUCUGUAGUGUGCAGCUGCUGCUGUUCUGAAGGCUGACGAUGGAGAGAGCAAUGGCGCCCGGGAGGGAGAGGGUUGAGGGCGCGGUGAGGCCGUACAACCGGUCCAAGGUGCCUCGCCUGAGAUGGACGCCUGACCUCCACCGCCGCUUUGUCCACGCCAUACACAGGCUUGGAGGCCAACACAAGGCCACGCCCAAGCGAGUCCUGCAGCUGAUGGGCGUGGGAGGCCUCACCAUAUCCCAUGUCAAGAGCCAUCUGCAGAUGUACAGGAACAUGAGAACUGACUAUCUGGACAUAAAAGAGAUGCAGCAAGUAGUGGAUCCGGCGCAAAUGUUUGCCGGAGGCGUUCGAGUUUGGACAGAUAUGGCGGAGCAAGAUCAUCAGGGCUACUAUUGCUGGUGCUGCUGCUAUUCUCAAAAGGAAUCGCUGCUGCUGCACGACCUGCAACUGAAAAGGGUUAUCACUAAGCCUGAAGCCCCUGAAGAAACAUGUCCCCCCUGCAGAUCUAUAUCUCAGAUGGACACCACACAGAAGGCACGCCUUCAGGUCCAACUCCAAGGAACACGUCGUGAUGGGGACGUGUCGUCCUUCGGCAUGCGCGGCGGUCUUUCAGAUUACCACCACCAAGCAGGCGUAGGCUACCACUGCUGCGCGCGUGCCAUGGUGCACGGCGGGCAGCAGCUUCGCUCCCGGGCAUGGCGGUGCCCCACUCCCACUCCCACAGUCGCCGCAGAUAAUGGUGGCGAACAGCACGCCGCCCCUGCUCCCGGCACGCUGCCCGGACCGCUGCGCUUCCUGCAGGAAGGAGAAUCGAUGUGCGCCCACAGUUCGACCGCGCCGAACAACAGAUGGCCGACGGCCGUGAAGAAACGCGGCGGCGAGGGCCGCGAGUCCUCGCCGCCGCUCUCCUUGACGCUGGACUCUGGGUUUUGCGGCAGCAGGGACGAAGACGGCAGCGGCCGGCGCGACAGCCAAGGCAGCAGCUCCGCUUCCUCCGCGCCGACGGGUUCUGCUGGCCGCGGUUGCUCGGGACAGCACAGCGGGCGGGGUAGGAUCAGCUUGGACCUCUCGCUGUCCAUGCCCAUGUACACCCAGACUCGGAACCAGAGCUACUAGUAUGGGGGAGGGGGGAGAACGUGCGGGUAAAGAAAGGGAGUUUUGUUACGGUGCUUGAGAGGAACCAGUGGUUCUUUCCCGCAAAAAAAAUAUCUGGAUCGUUAAUUUUAA